AUGGGCGGUCGCAGCUUUAGACCCGCUGCAGUGUGGGGCUGGAAGGAAUCUCACAAAGCCCAGCCCUUCUCCCCGGAGCUAGACCGUGUAACCCCUCGACUGUCCCUGACGGGCAGGCGCUGCAGUGUGGGGCUGGAAGGAAUCUCACAAAGCCCAGCCCUUCUCCCCGGAGCUAGACCGUGUAACCCCUCGACUGUCCCUGACGGGCAGAUUACUAUUGUUGCCCAUAUAACUGCCACAAAAAUGCCAAAUCUUCAUCGACAUGAAGAAGAGAAGUUCUUUGUAAAUGCUGAAGGGAAGAAGGAAUCUAUACCAAGCAUACAUGACCCCCCUACAAAGGAGCUUUCUGUUGUUGUGCCUUCAUACAAUGAGGAAGACAGGUUGCCUGUGAUGAUGGAUGAAGCUUUAGACUAUCUUGAAAAAAGACAGAAAAAAGAUCCUGCUUUCACUUAUGAAGUAAUAGUUGUUGAUGAUGGCAGUAAAGAUCAGACCACAAAGGUUGCAAUGAAAUACUGCAGGAAAUAUGGAAGUGACAAAGUACGAGUCCUAACAUUGGUAAAAAAUCGGGGAAAAGGUGGAGCUGUCAGAAUGGGUGUAUUCAGCUCUCGAGGAAAAAAAAUUCUCAUGGCAGAUGCAGAUGGAGCCACAAAGUUUGCAGAUAUUGAAAAAGUAGAAGAGGGUCUCAGAAAUCUCCAGCCUUGGCCAGACCAGAUGGCUAUUGCUUGUGGCUCUCGAGCUCAUUUGGAACAAGACUCAAUAGCACAGCGUUCUUACUUCCGAACUCUUCUCAUGUAUGGGUUCCACUUCCUAGUAUGGUUCCUCUGUGUCAAGGAAAUCAGGGAUACACAAUGUGGAUUUAAACUGUUAACCAGAGAAGCUGCCUCACGGACUUUUUCAGCUCUUCAUAUAGAACGCUGGGCAUUUGAUGUGGAACUUCUUUACAUAGCUCAGUGCUUGAAGAUACCAAUAGCAGAGGUUGCUGUCAACUGGACUGAAAUUGAUGGUUCGAAGCUGGUUCCCUUCUGGAGCUGGCUGCAGAUGGGCAGGGAUCUUCUUUUUUUACGAUUGCGAUACUUGACUGGUGCCUGGCGUCUUGAAACAAGCAAGUCUAAUUAGGUUAUUUACAUUCCCCAAAUGCAUUAUUACACAUAAUAGAGCUGGAGAACUAUUUCAGCGAAGUAAAAUUUUGAAGAAAACUGAGGUAACUCUUCAUUACUGCUAUGUCCUGCAUUUUUUGCAAUAAUUUGUAUUUUAUACAAUUGCUAAGAGUCAGAUGUUUCUAUAAUCUGAAAGAAAAAGCAUCUUUAAAAGUCAUACAUUUGAUCCCAUUUUUUUUCUUAUGUUCUGUAGCAGCUUUACAGGAUCUUGCAUAAAUUCACCCAGAUUAAAUAACCAUCUGCUUUUGUCUCAUUGUGCACUUGAAAUUCCCGUUAAUGCACAAUAAAAGGAGACCAUAUUCCAUGAAGGGAAUUGUGACUGACCAAAGCCCUUUUUGUUUCUGUAGUAUCUGAACACAUGAAUAUGUUGUGAUAUGGAACUGGUAAUAAUGGCAUUAAAAUACUUACAUGUAUUUAGGCUUUUAUUUUAAAUCUUUAAAUAGUAUGACUGGUAUUAAAGGAUUUUACUGUAUUAUAAAACUUAUGUGCACAAAGCUGUUUCCUGACAACUCUUUCAGUAAAAUCAUGACAUUCCAAUUAUCUGUCUUGACCUGCAGUUUAUAGCACUUAAGUCUCAGAUCUUAUGUCAUGUUCAAUCCCCAUGGACCAUAACAUUUGCAAAAGAAAGUACUUUCAAUUUUAAAAUGCUGCCUUAUACAAUUACAUACAGUCUGUCCAUUCGGGUGAAUACUAUGUGUUAGAUGAGGAGCUGCAAGGACUGCAGUAGAGAGGUGAAGGGGAAAGUAGCUUGGAGAUGGACGGGAGGGAGGGCCAUCGCGUGUGUUAAGUAACUGUGAAGCUCAUGAGUUUUCAUCUUUUUUGGGUGGGCUUUCUAAAGUAUCUCAACCUUAUCAUGAAGCAUAACUUUAAAAUAGUGCUAUCAAAAGUAUUCAUUGGGGAUUUCCACACAAGUAAACCAGUUUCCUGAAGCUACCAUAAAGGUAAUACAUUUAUCUGCUAUGAGAAGAAGUUGUUCCCAUGAGCUUGUUUAAAUCGGGACUGAUUGUAUCUUCAAAUUAUUUUAAGUUGGAAUCUCUGCUCUCCUCUUACAAUUUGUUACACAUUUCUAGCGUUCAGUUCCUGUUAGUUACCUCAGUUUUCUGUAGGAUGAAGAAAUACUGAAAUAAAUUGUCAAUAAACAUGUUCAGUUUUA